CCCCCCCUCACUCACAUGUUCCCCCUCCUCCCCUCCCCCACUCUCCUCUGUUCUCCCGCCUCCCCCACUCCUCCUGAUCUUGGAGAGACAGACGCAUGGGAGAGACACAUAUAGAGACAGCUCAGGGGAAAAACAGAGAGAGAGACUGCUCAGGGCCAGGAGGAUGUCUGAGGUGUAAGAGACACUCAGGGGUUGCAGAGUAAAAAGGGUGUGGGCAGCAGGAGCCACUGACUGGGGUUAAAGAGACAGCAAGGCUUAGUCUGAGGUCACACACAUUAACCGUCCACAGGGAAUAAGAAGAGACAGCUUGGCUUUAGGGAGCACUGGCCAAUCUGAUUUGCUGCUCUGUGUGAAAGAGACAGCCCAGAGUAAACAGACAGAUAAAGAGACUUCUCUGGAGUGGAAACACUGGCCAGGAAGAGACUGCUGGCAGUCACAUUAGCUACAGUGCUUAAAGGGGCACAUUUUAGGAUAUUGGGAAAAGAGACAGUCUGAGAUCAGUUUAAAGGCUGACAAGAGACCUCCUUGUAGCAGUAGUCAGUCGGGGUGAGAGAGAUUUGGGUGUCUGGGUGAGGGGGGCAGGUUACUGACAGACCAAUCACAGCAGUGAUUUAUGGGUAAGGGCCCAGGGAUUUGUAGCUUGAGACUGAGACAAGUGAGACAGUAAUUGGUAUCUGAUUGGCACCAGCAGGUGAGACAUUGGCACAGGUGAGAGACAAUAUUUGGCACAGGUGAGACUAUAUUUGUCGCAGGAGAGAGAUAUUGGCAGAGGUGAGAGACUAUAUUUGGCACAGGUGAAAGACUAUUUGGCACAGGUGAGCGACAUUGGCACAGAUGAGAGACUAUAUUUGGCACAGGUGGGACUAUAUUUGGCACAGGUGAGCGACAUUGGCACAGGUGAGACUAUAUUUUCCACAGGUGAGACUAUAUUAGGCACAGGUGAGAGACUAUAUUUGGCACAGAUGAGAGACUAUAUUUGGCACAGAUGAGAGACUAUAUUUGGCACAGAUGAGAGACUAUAUUUGGCACAGGUGAGAGACUAUAUUUGGCACAGGUGAGAGACUAUAUUUGGCACAGGUGAGACUAUAUUUGGCACAGAUGAGAGACUAUAUUUGGCACAGGUGAGAGACUAUAUUUGGCACAGGUGAGAGACUAUAUUUGGCACAGGUGAGAGACUAUAUUUGGCACAGGUGAGAUUAUAUUUGGCACAGGGGAGAGACUAUAUUAGGCACAGGUGAGAGACUAUAUUUGGCACAGGUGAGAGACAUUGGCACAGGUGGGACUAUAUUUGGCAUUAGCCAUGGCCUCUAGUCCAGUUCCGUUGCCCCUGCUCCCCUCUCUGAGCUGCAUUAUGUGCCAGGACGUGCCCCGGGAGCCAGUCACACUGAGCUGUGGCCAUUGCCUGUGCCGGGGGUGUUUGGAGCGGGCGUGGAGAGGGCAAGAGGCCUACCCUACCUGUCCCAAGUGCCGCCCCCCUCCUGCUGUACCGACCCCAGACACAGUUCAGCGGGGUGCCUGCUCGGAACAUGGAGAGAAGCUGCAGUUAUUCUCCACACAAGAUGGCCGACUCAUGUGCCCCUCCUGUAGGAACGGAACGGAACAGCACCCUCCCCACACACUCGUCCCCCUGCAAGAGGCAGUGGGGGGCUACAAGGAUGAACUCAUCUCUGCACUUGCCCCGCUGGAGGCCCGACUCAAGGAGCUGCAGCAAAUGCAAUGUGCCCAGGAGCAGAUGAUCGCCCAGCACCGGGGGAAUGUGCUGAGCACUAAACAUCAUGUGAAUGUGGAGUUUGAGAAGCUGCACCAGUACCUGCGGGAGAGGGAGGAGAGGCUCCUGCGUGAGCUCCAGCACGAGGGGGACGUUAUACUGACUGACAUGGAGGAAAGUCUCAAUAAGAUCAAACAGAAUUGUCAGGGGAUCCUACAGACUAUAAGCUCCACCCAACCCAGACUGUAUGAGCAAGAUACCAUCUCCUUCCUUACUGACAUAAAGUCUUGUAUGGAAAUAUGUUACGCGGGUUACAGAGACGGCUUCCCAGCCCAGAAUGUAGUGGCCCCAAGGGACUUUGGCUUUGGGGCAGUGAAGGAUCUGAUUCAGUACACGGCCUGGAAAGAUAUGAAAUCUUACAUCAGCCCAGCUCUGCCCAGUAUAAUCAUGGACCCCAGCACGGCACAUCUCAAUCUCAUCCUCUCUGAAGACCUGACCGGUGUCCGAUACAGCGAUACCAAGCAGAACAUGCCGGAAAAUCCCCGUCGCUUUGAUUACUGCUGCUGCGUGCUGGGUACGGAGGGCUUUACGUCGGGACGGCACUACUGGGCUGUGGAGGUCUCCAACAAGACCAAAUGGAACCUCGGGGUGGCCAAGGAGUCGGUGAACAGGCGCGGUGGCAUCACCUUGUCCCCCGAGAAUGGUUUUUGGAUACUCUGGCUUCGAAAUGGCCACGAGUUUAAGGCCUUGGAUGUCCCGUACCGGACUCUCACCUUGAGAAACAAACCACAAAAGGUGGGCAUCUUCCUAGACUAUGAAGGGGGUGUCCUCUCUUUCUACAAUGCUGACGACAUGACCCACAUCUAUACCUUCGUCACGUCCUUCUCUGAGACCAUCUAUCCUUAUUUCUGUCCCUGCCUCAACGACUCGGGGAAGAAUGGCGGCCCUCUAAAAGUUCUCCACCAUAUACCGUGAGAAUCGGUUAGCUAGCCUGCAUAUCAAAGAGCUCCGAAAGAAUAACCAUUCCAGCCAAAAUACCUUCUCUACUGUGUUCUUUCUGUAAACUAGAUGAUGAUCCCUAGCAAGCCAAGGAGCGGGACUGGGACUUUUUGAUUUAGUCAUACUCCUUUUACUAAAAAUAUUCAGUAUGAUGAAGGAAACCAGUCCAAGUGUGGGUUUCGUUACUGCCCCCAGUUUCUGUCAUCUACAUCAUUCAUAAGGUCUGUUCUGCUUUAGUACCUUAAGCUCUUAUCACUUUGCACCCCCCACUACUCGGUAAACUAAGCUGCAAAAUGGGAAUUAAUGUAUGUCAUGUUUAUAUUCCAAGUACAAGGUUCAAUAAACUCCCAACUGGAACCAAA